AUGUCAGACAGAGGGGGCUAUCUUCUCCCUUCGCCAAAAUACUCUACAAUAAUGUCAUGUUCGGACAGUCCAUCAGGAAAUGCCUUCUUGGUGGAUUCACUGAUCAGCGGGCGGGCUGAGAACUGUGGAGGUCAUUACGCUGGCAGCGCCGCCGUGUGUGUGCCUCACAGCACCGCUACUGAAGUGCCUUACGGACUACACAACUAUGGAUACUUCCCAGGUAUGGCCAAGCGGACUGAAGUGGGCCCUCAAAAUUUGGUCAGCGGUCCUGGGGCAUACCUGUCCAGUAUGGAGAUGUGGAUGGACGCCCAGAGGUCAUGUCGAGUUGAGCAAGAACGCUCCGUGGGUCCUCAGGUCACGCCCUGCUCUUUUCCGCAGAACAUUAAGGAGGAGAGCACCUAUUGCCUCUAUGAGCAGCCCAAGUGCCCCAAAACUUCUGGUCCCGAAGACCUGACUUAUUCGAGGCUAAGUUCAGCCGGUUCUUGCACAGUGAGCGAUAGCGGAGGUGGCGGCGGUGGUGGAGGAGGAGGAGGCUCAGUGCCUGUGCCGGGCUAUUUCCGCUUGUCUCAGACCCACGCUCACCCUCAUAAACUUUACAACGCCGACGGCCCACAGCCGAACCCUUCCUACUCUCAUUUGGGCCCACACUCCAGCGCCCCUGCCCGCUUUCACUCGCCACCGACCUCGACUCAAGCUCCAAGCGCGGAAGGGAGGAGGGACACCACUGAGGACCCGGUGUCUGCAGCAGACCGGCAGCCCCACGCUGCACCGGCGAGCGAAGAUCCACGCGAGUCCACGGAUGCAGAAGGAUCCUCAGCUGAGGAAACAGACGAGCAGGACAAGGAGAGGCCAGAGAAGGACAGCAAAGGAGACAACAAAAGUGACAACGCGGCCAAUUGGCUGACUGCAAAGAGUGGCCGGAAGAAGCGUUGUCCCUACACCAAGCACCAGACUCUGGAGCUGGAGAAGGAGUUCCUGUUCAACAUGUACCUGACUCGAGAGCGCCGCCUAGAGAUCAGUAAAAGCGUGCACCUGACUGACAGACAGGUCAAAAUCUGGUUCCAGAACCGCAGGAUGAAACUGAAGAAAAUGACGCGGGAAAACAGGAUCCGGGAGCUCACCUCCAACUACGGAUUUUCGUGAUGAACGAGGUGACAAAAAACACAUUUAAAAAGGAAAGAAUAUUCGUCUAAUGAAUGACACCCUCCACCCCUCCCUUCCACACCUCCAUUACUACCACCACCACGCCCCAACACCCAUACAUACAUACACACACACACACACACACACACACACACACACACACACAC